AGAGUAGCUAUAUCUUUAGACAGUGAGUCUCUGAGGUUUUUGGGGCACUGGAAACCUGCAGUGUGUGGAGGGCAAAAUGGAUUCAAUCAAGUAUCAGGAAAUCCUAGGUGGAAACGUCAUGCCAUCUGUGAGGAAGAUGUAGCUUGGGCGUCAUUGGACCUUCCAACAGGAUGAUCAUCCCAAGCAUACCUCAAAGUCCACCAAGGCUUGUUUUCAGAGGAAGUUCUGGAAGAUUCUAGGGUGGCCGUCACAGUCGCCUGACCCUCAUUGAAAAUCUCUGGUGGGAUUUGAAGAAGGCGGUUGUAGCACGCAAACCCAAGAAUAUUAGUGAACUGGAGGCCAUCUCGCAUGAGGAAUGGGCUAAGGUUCCUCAGGAACGUUGCCAGAAGCUAGUGUCUGGCCAUAUCACGUUUGCAGCAGGUCAUAACAGCUAAAGGGUGCUCUACUAAGUAUUAAAGACGCUUGUCAUGAAGGGGUUGAACAAUUUUGAGGCUGCAUUUUGUGUUGACUUUGGAGAAAUCACUUGUUAUAAUAGUUGUGUUGAGCUAUUUAAAUUGUUCUUGUUUGAUUUGUUUAUGCAAACAGCUGAAAGCAAUGUGGGAGAAUCAUUUUGAUUGCAACUGUAUAUCUGUCAGUGGUGUAUAUCGUCUUCUGGUUCUCUCUCUGACCUAUGUUUCCUGUCCCCUCCAUCAGUCUGCGCCCUCACUGUUCCUCAAGAGUAAUUUUGAGUAUCUAAGAGGAAACUACCGUAAAGCAGUGAAGCUGUUGAAUAGCUCCAACAUUGCAGAGCAUCCUGGACCCAUCAAGACAGGUGAAUGUGUUCGAUGUAUGUUCUGGAACAAUCUGGGCUGCAUUCACUUUGCAAUGGGGAAACAUAACCUAGGCAUUUUCUACUUCAAGAAGGCGCUGCAAGAGAAUGACCACACCUGCGCACAGCUGGGAGACGGCAGCAACGGGCAAUCUAAGAAGUUCACUGGUAUCCCCAUGUGUGCUCUACUAGCCAACAAGCGCUAUGAGCUGCUCUAUAACUGUGGUAUUCAGCUGCUGCACAUCGGCAGGCCUCUGGCAGCGUUUGAGUGUCUGAUGGAGGCGGUGCAGGUUUACCAUUCCAACCCUCGACUCUGGCUGCGGCUUGCAGAGUGCUGCAUCUCUGCUAACAAAGGGGGUUCGGAGCAGGAGAGCAAAGGUUUACCUUGUAAAAAGGGUAUAGUUCAAUCUAUUGUCGGGCAGGGCUACCAUCGCAAGAUCGUUCUGGCAUCCCAGUCUACUCAGAAUACUAUCUACAGUGAGGGCCAGUCAGCAGCUAUUCCAGUAGCCAGUAUGGAGUUUGCAGCCAUCUGCCUGAGGAACGCUCUGCUGCUGCUGCCUGAAAAUCAGCAGCUGGACACCAAGACAGAGAAUGGUUCCAAGACCUCGAGUCAGUCAGGAAGCACGGAAAGCGGCAGUGAGAACAGUGACGCCUGCAGUGGGAAAGGUCAGGAGGCUGAUAAGUUCUUGUCUGCAGCUCCAUCAUCUCCUCUCAGAAAACAGGAAGUAGAAAACCUCAGGUGCUCCAUCCUGGCCUGUAGUGCCUAUGUGGCGUUAGCACUGGGAGACAACCUGAUGGCUCUUAACCACGCUGAGAAACUACUCCAUCAAACCAAGGUGUCCGGAUCCCUCAAAUUCCUGGGUCACCUCUACGCUGCUGAAGCCCUCAUCUCUUUGGACAGGAUCUCUGACGCCAUCGCUCACCUCAACCCAGAGAACAUCAGUGAUGUUUCAAUGGGAGUGCUGACCAGCGAGCAAGACCAAGGGUCUGACAAAGGAGAUGAGCCUGUUGAGUCUGGCCAUUGUACGUAA